CUUAGUAUUUGCCCAGAUAAUCAUGCAAGGACUAUCAUUCACAUCGACAUUGACUGUUUUUAUGCACAGGUUGAAAUGUUAAGGAAUCCAGAGCUAAGAACAAAACCUUUGGGCAUUCAACAGAAGAACAUAGUGGUUACGUGUAACUAUGUAGCACGUGAACGUGGUAUAUCCAAACUGAGUUAUAUUAAAGAUGCUGAGAAGAAGUGUCCAGAUAUUGUUCUUGUCAACGGGGAGGAUCUGACACACUACAGAGAAAUGUCAUAUAAAAUAACAAAUUUUCUGUUGAAGUACACGCCUAAAGUGGAACGACUUGGUUUUGAUGAGAACUUCUUGGAUGUCAGUGAUAUGGUGAGAACGAGAUUAAAUGACCCAAGUACCAAAGAAGAAGUAAAAGGUCACAUUUAUGGCCAAGGGCAAAAAGAUGAUGCUGAUAGCUGUACAUGUGGUUGCCACGCUCGCCUGACAGUUGGUACCCAGAUUGCAGCAGAUAUCCGCAGUGCUUUGCAAGAAGAGCUUGGCAUCUCAUGUUGUGCUGGAAUAGCUUGGAAUAAACUACUGUCCAAACUUGUGGCUGGUACUCAUAAGCCUAACCAGCAAACUGUGCUUUUUCCUGAGCACACAUUUGAGUUAAUGCUCAGUCUUGAGGCUGUCAGAGCAAUCCCAGGUAUUGGUCACUCUACUGCAAAGAGACUUGCUUCUCUGGGAAUCCAAACUAUAUCACAGCUUCAAGAAGUAGACCAGUCUGUGUUGACAGGGGAAUUUGGAAACAGCAUGGCUCAAACGAUGAAACUUUUGUCUUGUGGAAGUGACCAGUCCCCUGUUGUUACAACAGGACAGGCUCAAUCGAUCAGCGAUGAAGAUUCCUUCAGAAAAUGCCAGGAUGUAGAGGAUGUAAAGAAUAGAAUUGGUGGACUCUUAGACAACUUAUUAAAAAGACUAGAGGAAGAUGGAAGACUACCUGGAAUAAUACGAUUAACCCUCAGAAAAUUAGAUAAAGAAGGGCAGUGGUCUAAGAGAGAAAGUAGACAAUGCAGAGUUCCUAGUCAUGUUUUCGCAUUAGGUAAUAACAAAACUAUUGCUUGGUAUUGUGUGCUCAGUAAUAACAAGACUAUCCAGAUGAAGAUGAAAUGA